CCUCCGGGCUUCCAUACUUCGCCUCGUUCUCGCUCUCAGUCGGUCGUGCAGCGAAGAUGGCGGAAGCUCCCCCGCGGCCCUGCCGGUUCUUCUGUCACCGGUGUUCAGAAGAGAUCAGCCCUCGGCUACCGGAUUACAUCUGUCCGCGGUGUGAGUCUGGCUUCAUCGAGGAGUUACCUGGAGAAGGGAGUGCAGAGAAUGGGUCCACAUCUACAGCCUCUAAUGAUCAGAAUCGCCCCUCAUUUGAGAAUGUGGACCAGCACUUGUUUACGUUCCCGCAUGGAUAUGGGCAGUUUGCUCUGGGGAUCUUCGACGAGGGCUUCGACUUCAGGGCAGGUUUGCCCGGGGAAGAUAACCGUGACGCAGAGAACCGUAGAGAGCGGGAGAUGGCCUCACGACAGCGGUACAUGUCGAGACAGCCACGGGGACGCCACGUUCCCCGGAGACAAGGGGUGCGGCAUGAGGGUGUGCCCACUUUAGAAGGAAUCAUUCAACAAUUAGUUAACGGAAUUAUCGCCCCGACAGCGAUGCCAAACAUGGCGAUGGGACCGUGGGGAAUGCUGCAUUCUAACCCAAUGGACUAUGCAUGGGGUGCCAAUGGAUUAGAUGCCAUCAUAACACAGUUAUUAAAUCAGUUUGAAAAUACGGGUCCCCCUCCGGCAGACAAAGAGAAGAUUAAGAGUCUUCCUACUGUCCAGAUAAACCAAGAGCACGUGGGUGCUGGUCUAGAGUGCCCUGUUUGUAAAGAAGACUACAGCGCCGGAGAGAACGUUAGACAACUUCCUUGCAAUCAUCUCUUUCAUAACGACUGUAUAGUUCCCUGGCUCGAGCAGCAUGACACGUGUCCGGUGUGCAGGAAGAGUUUGAGCGGGCAGAACACAGCCACGGAUCCGCCCGGCCUAUCAGGGAUGAAUUUCUCCCCCUCUUCCUCCUCCUCUUCCUCCUCCAGCUCUCCAAGCAACGAGAACUCCUCCAAUAACUCAUAAGACCUCAACCCACAUCCUCAACACAUCAUCAUCAUCAUCAUCUCAGCACCCUGGACUGAUCUAGAACUCGCUGGAACCAGGAGCCGGAGCUGAUGAACCUGCUCAUCACUAACACAUGUUUUCCUGGCUGGACACAGGUCAGAGAGCACCACGCCAAACCCUGAAGAGAAAAACACUCUCAUAUUGCUUCAGACAGCCUUUUUUUUUUUGUUUUUUUUUUUAAACCGGUGAACUUGGGAGCGACGCUUCCUCGAGGUUUGGGCACCUGUCCGCGUGACGUGCUUUUAAUCAGCAGAACGCAUGAGAAAAAUGCUGAGAAAAAGAGAGAGGACGAACUGCACGAUGAUGACGGUGGCAGAUCUGAAGUCGAACUGCGUUUUUACAAGCAGACGUUGCGUCUCUCGGGAGGGACGCGUUCAAACAGAACCUUUUGUUUUUUAGCAUUUGAUUUUUAUUUCACGGAUAAAAGUGGCUGAUAUGGGUGAAUCUCACAAUACCAGUCAAGGUUACAUUUCACCCUAAAAUCACAAGAAUUGUAUCCUGCUAAAGCUCAACCCUUUUUUUGUGCACUUUUGCAAAUAAUGUUCAUAACAAUUAAGCACAGCGCAAACACAUUCCCGUAACGGCAAAAAAAUCGGAUUCUCAUUACUGAAGUGCCAUGUUUAUAGAUCACAUGAUAAUCACCAUUGGGAACAAACAUCGAACGGACUAUCGUAAUGAGAAUUUGGAGUAAACGUGCAGAAAAUAACCAUUUUAAGAAUAAAUUUUGCGGUUCAAUAAAACCUGGACAUGUUUUUUUGUGAUUCAUCCAUAUAGUCGUGAAAAAUAAGUGUGAAAAGCCAAGCGAUCCAAGAACAUCAGUGGCAGAGGAAAACAAGUGUUUAAUUGCACAGUAUUUCUGGUUUUGCGGAGAUUAUUAGACCUCUGAACAAAGUGUGACUUUUUUUUGGGCGACAUUUGAUAUGAUUUUCUACAUUUAGCAUCACGAGAAGCUCCGCCCUGCCUCUGUCGGGCCUCCAUCCAGACGGCACACCAUGAAAUCUCUCUCUUUCUCUCACUUUUUAAAAACUAUAUUUUUAUCUCUCCUCACAUUCAGUUGUCUUCUCUCGGUCUGCCACACAUAUUCAGUGACUUUCAGUUCAAGGCAACUUUUUUUUAACUUAUUUAAAGUUAAACGAUUUGUUUUUGUAAAUGAUAAUAAAGGAGAAGAACAAACGAACGAAUGAAUGAAUGUAUCACUGCUGAUGAUGAAACGUGUCAUAAAAGCUGUCAUUGGUCUCUCCACAGAUCACAAACACAAACUAA